UUUGAUGAAGAUGCUGGUGAUGAGGAGGUGGAGGCAGAUGAUCGUGACAAUUUAAGGACAACGCAGCGAGGUAUUUUAUUUAUAUUUAUACGAAUUACUUAUGGAUAUUUAUGAAUAUCCAUAUUAUAUGACAAACCAUUAUUUAUGUGUGCGAAUAAAGUAUGGUGGCGUGAAUAGCGCGAGGCUCUGGAUGUUCGUGCCGUACAUACCACACCCGUCACUUGAUUUUAGAACUAUUUACGUGUAAUUUAAUGUGAACUAAUACAAAAAUAAAUACAUAAAUAAAAAUAAUGCUUGUGGUGUGUUGUCAUCGCCGUGCGAAGCGCGUGCACGAUCAAUUAGGAGUCGUGACGACCAGCGUGCUGCGCCAAUAUAAUCAUAAAUAUAUUGAUCCUUCUCCAAUUGAAUACAAUGAUAAUCCCUCUACAAUAAACUCAAAUUUAAACAGCUAUUUUUUUCUAAAUGUAAUGUUUCUGUUACCGCCGCAAAGUGGACAUUUCGGUGGUCCUCCUGAACAGUAAGGGGGCGCUCGUGUAUUAAUAAGUCACCCAUUAACCGACGAAGAAGAGCAAUUAACCGACCCCUCACUAAUACAAGAUAAACUCUAAAAUUCAAACACACGUGAAUUAUAAAUAUGUAGGUUUAUUCGCGAAUGCGAUAUAAUGAGCCCAUGUGAUGUGCUUAACUCUGAAAUGUAUUAGUAAUUCCUCCCAAAUCCAACAUUUAUAGCCGUUUAGUGGCUCUCCGGAACCGUAGGGAGCGAUAGCAAGCCAAAAAGUGACGCUUUAACGAUCAACAAAGAAUGUUUAGGUUUAGCUUCAUUAGCUUGUUAUGAGAAUUUAAUUUGUUUACAAUGUGGAGUUUCGUCAGGCUAGAAUCUUCGCAAGUCUUGUAUUUGUUGUUUUACGUCUCACAUUAGGUUCACAUGCAGACGACAAGUUGCUACAGUCGAUGUUCGUUGUCGUCUGUUCCGUCGCGACCCGGUGAGCUGGAUUCAUAGUUUGUUGUUCAUUUUUAACAAACGUUUUUACAUCAUCUAGCAAUAUGCGCGUCGACUUUGACUUUGAGUGGUUGUUUGAGGUUUUAUGCCAAAAUUCCAUUUUACGACCGACGUGACAUCUGUGAAGAAAGUGCAGCUUCAAGUAGGUACAGUAUGGAGUUUUCUAAUGUUUUAAAGUAGCGUUUAAAGCCCGUUUUAGGCUUUCAGGUCAGAGGUAAUGUUUCAAAAUACUAUUUUGAAAAUACAGUUUGAAGCCAGGAUUGGGGUUUCAAGACAGAAUUUAGAAUUAGGUUUAAGCGACUUUGUUAAAGUUUCAAAGUGGGGUCUCAAACUGGGGCAAGGAUUUUAUAUUUAAGUUUUUUUUCUUUUGGUUUUAAGUGGUUUAGGAUUUCAACGUAGGGUUUGAAGCCUAAAUUAAGGUUUCAAAAUACAGGGUUGUGUUUUGAAAGUAGGAUUUGAAGUUUGGGUUAAGGUUUAAAAGUAAAAGCCUUGGUUAAUAGUUUUAUUUAAUUGUAGUCUUAUUGAAAAGAAUUAGUAUGUUAACAACAAUGAUUUAAUCUCCCUACAGAUCAUCAUAAAAGAUGGAAGGUGGGAACUUCGGUUCCCCGGGCAACCCCGUGGAGCUUGCGCUCCCGGGCCAACAGGACUCUAGGUCGGUGGUGAGCCGCUUCCAGCAGGGCUACUGGAAAACCAAGCAGACGCUCAUCAGGGCAAGCGGCAAGAAGGAGGACCAGCACGUGGUGGCCUCAGACGCCGACUUGGACGCCAAACUGGAGGUGUUUCACUCCAUACAGAGGACGUGCAUGGAGCUACUAAAGGUGAUCGAGCAGUACCAGAGGAGGAUCUGCUUCCUUUCCCAGGAGGAGAACGAGCUUGGUCGCUUCCUGCGCUCUCGGGGCUCUCAGGACAAAAGCCGGGCGGGAAAGAUCAUGCAGGCCACCGGCAAAGCUCUCUGCUUCUCCUCCCAGCAGAGAGCGGCGCUGAGGAAGCCUCUGUGCCGCCUGUACCAGGAAGUGGAGACGUUCCGCUUCCGAGCCAUCUCGGACACGUGGCUGACGGUCAAGCGCAUGGAGAAGAGCCGCACAGAGUACAGGGGAGCUCUGCUGUGGAUGAAGGACGUCUCGGCCGAGCUGGACCCGGACACGCGCAAGCAGAUGGACAAGUUUCGCAAGGUCCAGGCAGAGGUCCGCUCCACUAAGCACAUCUUUGACCAGCUGAAGACGGACGUGUGUCAGAAGGUGGACCUGCUGGGAGCCAGUCGCUGCAACCUGCUGUCCCACAUGCUCGCCACCUACCAGACCACCCUGCUGCACUUCUGGGAGAAGACGUCUCACACCAUGGCCGCCAUCCACGAGAACCUCCGAGGCUGCCCGCGCUACGAGGAGCCUUCAAGGCGCAAGAAGAAGAGGAAAAAAAAUAAAGCGGAGCCAAAAGAAGGAGACAAGUCCACACAUGAAGAAUUGGUCUCGCUGGGGAAUGAAAACAGUAGCAGUACACCACAAGAAGUUACCGGAGAAGCGUGCGUCUCACGGUGGGAGCUCACGGAUGAGGACAAGGACGGCUCGGCCUUGCUGGAGGAGAUCUUGGGAGGCGUGUCGCUUCACGACCUCGUCCCCGCGCCCCCGCAGUGGAGUCCGGUGUUCGGAGACGCCGGGGACGGCGCUGCAGCUGCCGCGGACCUCCGCUCGCUUUUUCUGCCGUCGCAGCUCCUGGACCACAACUUGAACACGCUGCAGUCUGCUGCUGCUCAGCUCUCAGAGGGGGCUGGGACCGGCUCGCAGCCUGUCGCCACGGCAACAGAGCACACCCAAGGAGCCAGUGGACUGAAAGCAAGUUGUUCCGGACCAUCCAAGGACCUGUCUGCGUGGUUCAACCUAUUUGCGGACUUGGACCCACUGGCCAACCCGGACGCGCUCGGCAAAAGCAUCGCCGAGCAACAACUUCACAACGCUUAGCGACUGUUCGUAGCCAUCGACGCUUGCCAGACAGCUUUUCUCCGAAGCGAUCCUCCCUUGAACGCGACAUUAAAGGUGCCCUCUCUGAGCUUCCUGUCAGUACAAAAAUGUUAACUUAAGGUGGGUGUAGACAGGAAGUCUCAAGGAAUAACUUUGGACUGCAUUUCAGUGGGAAGAUUAUAAUUUUAUGCUAACCCAAAGAUGACAAAACACUAACGUAAACGCUGGCGUGGUGGAAAUAAUAAAAACAUAUCAUGACAAUACGUUGAAUUUCAUCA